UCUGAUUGGCUCCUCAGCUUGGCUUUCGAUAACAGAGAUGUGUGGAAGUUGUAUACUGGAUGUAUUGUUCGUAUGGUUUAGUAUUUAUUAAUUUAUUUUUUAGAUAUUUUUUGGUGCCAGCUGCGUUGUAGGUCGGUUGAUUUACAGAUAUAAACAUUUAGUAGUGUGUGGAAUCGUCAGGAGAGGCUAAAGUAGCUGGAGAAGUGAUAUUAUUGUGUUAUUGUCCUGAAUUGUCAAUCAUAACAGAUUGUAAAUAGACGCAAGGAUUAUUAAUAUUUCGUAUUUCCGCUUGCAAAAGCAGAAUAAACAGGUUUGUUGAUAAAGAUGCUGAUGCUUGUGAACGCUGCCUGGAGCCUGGACUGCUCUCCAGUAAUUUAGAGAAAAGUAAUUUUCUCUAAUAAUGUGUUCAAAUCUGAUGGAUGUGACAUGGAUGCUACCUCCCAGCACUGACACUGAGUUCAGCUCUCAAUGACGUCUACCUGCAGCCCUGUGGAAUGGGUGGAAGAAGCCCCGCUGAAGUGUGACCAUCUGCAAGAAAGAGAUCGUUUGAACAAAGAACAAUGAAGAAGCUACAUGUGACGAUCCAAAAUGGAGGACCGAUUCAGCUGGCAAAAUGUGUGCAGUGCUGCACUAAAUAUCACUGUCCAUUCUGCAAGCCUGAGAUUUUUAAGCCAACCGUGGAGAGCAAAGUGAGGAAGCACAUUAAAGCGCAUGAAAAGAGGGCUGUCAGAUUUAAAGAAUAUGCAAUCUUCAAGUGCGGCUUGAACUGCAAGGGUGUUUCACAUUUUCACUGCCCAAAAUGCAGUAAAUUAGUGGAAAAAAAGAACAAAUUCCUGGAGCAUCUGGUCAAAUGUGUGGGCACAGUGGCACAUGAGGAUAGAGAGAAUCUCUUCCCGUUAAAGGAGGAGCCGGACCGGAUUCAUCCCUCUAUAAAAGAGGAUGUGGACAAUUGUCGUAUGUCUGAGGAGCAGCAGAGUCAUUCGGCUGUUGUUUUUAGAGAGGAGCUACAUGUGACGAUCCAAAAUGGAGGACCGAUUCAGCUGGCAAAAUGUGUGCAGUGCUGCACUAAAUAUCACUGUCCAUUCUGCAAGCCUGAGGUGUUUAAGCCAACCGUGGAGAGCAAAGUGAGGAAGCACAUUAAAGCGCAUGAAAAGAGGGCUGUCAGAUUUAAAGGAUAUGUAAUCUUCAAGUGUGGAUUGAACUGCAGGCCUGUUUCACAUUUUCACUGCCCAAAAUGUUGCAAAUUAUUGGAGAAGAAGAACAGAUUUGUGGAUCACCUGAGCAAAUGUGUGGGCAGGAUGACAGGUGAGGGUGGAGGACACCACCUACCUGUAAAGCAGGAGGCUGACAGCCAUCAUGCGCCUGAAGAGGAGGAGAAUAACCCAGUUCCUGAAGCAAAGGACCAAGAUUGCCACCUGGAAGUUGGGCCACGUCCAUCGCUACCAGUGCAGUCUGAGGUUGUUUCAUUUCCUCAGCCUAAUCACAAACUCGCGUUCACCAAUCUACACGACUCCACAUCAUCUUGCACUUUUGUUAAUCCGAGAAUGAACAGAAAAGGAAGAUCUCAGAAGAUGUCUUUCGGAGAAGAAAACACACCUACUCCACUGUCAGCAUGUUCCGAGGUGGAAGAGAAGUCAUGGCGUGAAGCUGUCAAGAGCCUUCAGACCUAUCAGGAAACUAGCAUUUUUAAGAGCAGUGAGGUGAUUGUGAACACACAGUGUUUGCUGGAGCUCUUCCAGUUCUGCUGGCUUUGUCAGAAAGAGUGCUGUAUUACCAUUGAGGGCAACGAGAAGCUGUUUUCAGUCACGCAGGACUGCCAGAGUUGUGGCUACCACAGAGACUGGAGGAGUCACCCGCCUUCAGCCGAACCUGCACACACCUUUCAUAAAGAGGAAGAACAUAUACUUGAGGAUGAGGAUGGUGAGGAGGUUGUGGUUCACAUUGUGUCAUCAGAUAACGAGUGCAGUGAGCAGGUGUUUAUUGAAAAGGAUGGAUCGUAUUUAUCUAGUGAUGAUGAAGAAGCAAGUUUGCAGGAAGAGGAAGUGAAAAAGAAAAGAAAGAGGACGUCUAAACGUAAACACAGUUCGGAUGAGUGGGAGCCAUGUUUAGAUGCAGAGGCCACAGACUCUGAUGUGUCCAUGGAUGAAGACCUGUUCACAGCUUUAAAGGAGGAUGGUCAGGGUAAACUUGUGGUGUGGUGUACACAAUGUGGGACCGAGGCCUCGCUCUCCUGUUCUGUCCAUCGACACAAAAAAGUGUUCUGCUGUGCUCAGUGCAGUGAAGGUGACGACACUCAAGCACAUCAUUUUGAAACACUACGUAUUCGGUUUGAUGACGUCGGCAGUUUUCAGAAACAUGCUGAACAGGAGCACGGAGUCAAACCAUUCUAUAGACUGUGUCAGGAUUGUGGCAAGUUUGUUAUAGCAGAUCCUGAAUCCCGAGGUUUAAAAGAACAUAAAUGUGAACACAAGUCCAAAUUUAUUAUCUGUCCAGAAUGUGGGAAAAGAUUCCUCACCAAGGUCGGACUAAAGUCGCACUACACUCAGCUCCAUUCGGAUUAUGAUCACCCGUGUAAAUACUGUCUGAAGGUCUUCAAAACCAGGUCAAUAAAACUGGAACAUGAGCAGACUCAUCCUAAAGAAAAACAGCCAUACAGCUGUCCAGAUUGUCCAGAGAAGUUUAGCAACAUUCACAAACGCAAUAACCAUGUCAUAUCUCACCGAGGUCCACAUAAAUAUGUGUGUGAUGUAUGUGAAAAAGGCUUUAAGGACAUCGUCAGGUUAAAAAGGCAUGAACUCAUCCACUCUGGAGAACAGCCUUUCAAAUGUCAAGUGUGUGAAUGUUCCUUUAACCAAAAGGAAAACCUCACUUCCCACAUGCGCGUCCACACUGGAGAGAAACCUUUCAUGUGUGAGCAAUGCGGAGAGUGUUUUAACCACAGCGUCAGUCUGAAGAACCACAAGCAAUGACACCAUGACUCGAGUUUGACUCAUGAUGAAGUAGUGAUGCAGUGAUUUAUAAAAACACUUGAUGUACUGAAUGCAGAGGUAUUAAAACUGCACUGUGGUUGCCUAGAUUGAGGUGUUCCCAGUGGAACAGGGGAUGCAGCCACAAUUUAGACUUUGAAGGAUUGCUGAGAAACAUUUUGAAGGAGUCAGUUAAUACUGAUCAGACUGAUAAUAGAAAUAUGGCUGAUUUCUUCUUUGUUUGAUAUUCUCACACUGCCUUUUCACAGAUCUUGGAACAGUAGCUCCAUUCAUUAUUUUUAUGACCAUCAUAAGCUAUACACAUCAGAUUCAUUUUUUCCUAUUAAGAAAUGGCGAUACGUACAUUCCAACACUUACAGUGUAAGUUAUCCUCGAUGUAAUUCCUCAAGCAGUUUUAAAUGUAUUACCAAAAAGCUAUUUAACAUCUUUGGUUUUAUUUCGUACCUCUCAUGCAGCAUUUCCAGACCUGUGCCAACUUUCGAUUGCUUCGAUUGCUCCCAGGCAGUGAGGGGAGCAUAUCUUUAAGCCGAUAUGCAAAUACUAACCUUCUUACGUGUAUAAUUAAUUGCUGGUGAAAGCAGGUUCACAGCGUAAGACCAGCCUGGACAUGGCAUAAAACAAAGCUUACUGUUAUCUUUGAAAGAGGUUUUAAAAGAGACAUGCUACAGUUAUACCAGUACAUGCUUUUACUUUGCAAAAUUAGCAUAUUUCACAGAGUUUAAUAAGUUGUUGCUUAUCAGCAGUGAAUUAAAUGAUCAAACUAAGAGUAACUACAGUAUUUUUAACUGUUAUUAGUACAGUCACUAAAAUCACAGGCUACAAAGGACCACUUUUUGUCACCCAUCACUCAUCGUGCAUCACUGUAUCCAUAUUUCCAUUUGGGUUUAAAGUCAAAAUAGGCAUGGCCUAGUAGUUUUUUUUCUUAUUUAUUUAUUGUAAUUAAAUAUGAACCCUAAAGCAUAAUAGCAUGGCUUUCAACGUGGUGUGUGAAUUCUGGCUCUGACAGUUCCUCAACCUCAGCUACAUCACUCCAGUUCAUAAUUGCGGGACUGAUUUUCUUAAAAUCGUACUUGCGCAGUUAUUAUUUUUGUUUGUACCUGCCUGCAGUAUUUUCUAACAAAUUUAGUUGGUUCAAUUACCCAAAAUAUAAACAAACUAAUAGCCUAAUUUAAGCCACAGUGACCCUGACCAGGCAGUUACUAAGGAUG